ACAAAACGACCCAGUGUGUUCAGCGCCUUCCCUCCUCCAGAAGACCAGGCCGACCUUAACCGCGCCUUCAGGAGUGCUGUUCGAGUCAUCAGCGUCAGGCAUCCCUUCGUCAGCCUGCUCUCCAUGUACCGGGACAAAUUAAGCAAACUGAACCUGAAGCCGAAUAAAGCCCGCCUCAGGGAGCUUCAGACGCGGAUCAUUGCACGACAUCGACCCACCAAUAGUAGCGAAUCCUCUCCUUUCCCGACCUUUGGGGAGUUUGUGGAGUACGUGGUCGACCUCACGAAGGACUUCAAGACCGCCGAGGACUGGGAGGGGACGGACCAGCCCCUGACCCCCCUGUGGGUGCAGUGCAACGUGUGCGGCAGCGACUACACCCUCGUCCUCAAGAUGGAGACCCUGGCCGAGGACGAGCGCUUCCUCGCCCUCCUGGCCGGCUACGAGGGCUUUAAGGAGCCUGGCCCCCACGAGGAACAAUCUGAGGAAAUCGUCCCACAGGAAUUCUCACAACUGAACUACCAGCAGUUACAGCAGCUUCACCAGCGGUACCUCCUCGACUUCCAGCUGUUCGGGUACAGAGUAGACCAGGGAUUCUUUGAUAUAGCAAGAAGCACAUAGGUGUUUGUGGAAUUUGAAAGCGCAGGUAGCCUAUAUACAGGAUCUAGUACUUAGAGUUUAUUUUUCUGUGUAUAAAGUUUUAUUGCGUGGCUAUAUUUGUCAAUAGUUCGAAAUUGUGGAUGUAGGCCUAGCAUAUACAUCCGUACUUUUUUUUUUUCUUCUUCACAAAGUAAUCACCGCUAUAACCGAAGUAGUCUUUUUUUUUUUAUAUAAUAUGCAGAGUGACAAAUGCAGUAGAAUGAUAAUGACGGAACUGGUGAUGAUAAUGAUACAACUAUUACUAAUAAUAAUUAUUUAAAUAAUGAUUGAUUAAAUGCUCCGCCAAAGUCCAAAGCACGAGCUGACUAUGCUGAACAGUUGAUCCAGGUGCACAGUGUGCAUGUGCACCUGUAUGUGUAAGUGUAUGAAUACAUUUUUUUCGG